CAAGUAAUGUUUAAAUAUUACAACUCGCCUUAUCCGGCCACGAAUGAUAAUCGUUAAUAACGUGCCUAAGAUCAUCAGCGUACGUAUUUCGAUGUGCGAUGAUUACAAAUCCUGAGCGAUUCAAAUUCCGAUAGAGACGUCGCGGAAGAGGCAAUUUGUCAUCGAAAGACGCAAAUAGAACGUAAGUUAUCAAAAUAACUAUAAAGUUAUCACUUAAAAUGUCACUUUUCAAUUAUUUACUAUUCAUUUUCACGUUAUUGUGUGACAAUUAUUCUGCUUGGGGAUUGUCGCCUUGACGGCGAUUUUCGCGAAACGAUUCCGCGCGUGUGUUCCGCCACGUGUAUCUUCGUUGAUGCUCAGCACACGUUAGAGAAAAAAAAAAGGAAGAAAACAUCGGCGUCGCGCGGGGCGCGCGACGCUACGCGACGCGGCAGUGCACGCCGCGAUCUCGCGGCAGUUCGCACCGUCCGUAGUAGAUCCGGCGCUUUCCGGCCGGGCGGACUUUGAGAGUUGUUCGCGUAUCGUUACGUCGUCCGCAGGGAGCAGAUGCGAGCGCAUGCGCGCAAUCGCGUCUUCCGUUUACGCGUCCGUUGCGCGCGAGGGAGCCGAAUUGAGCGAGCGAAUUGGAAGAGGCGAUUUCGCGCGAAGGAAGCGACAGAAAGGAGCAGAAGGAUAUCGUAUGCCGAGAGAAUAGUCAGCAUGGCGAGCGCGCGCGCGCGUCCCCGACACAAACGCACAAGAGGUGUCACUUGCGCCGGGCGCCGUCGCUGACUGAUUGUGAAUUGUGAGUGAGAACGCUAGAACGGUGCGCGUGGCACUUGGCAAGACGGACAGACAGACGGACGAAGAGGGCGCCGCGAUCGUCGAUCGGUCCAAUCAGUUGAUGCAGCGAGGCAAGUGGUGGGGGCGAUUCCGACCUUGACAUGGAGGGCCACGACAUCCAGGAACUGGUGGUUGUCAAGGACAGCGUGAUCAUCAGGGGCGGACAUCCGUCGCUUUGUUCCCCUUCGAACGGUGACGCAGAUAUGGGCAUGGGAGCAGGAGCAGCGGGUGGUCCUGUCCUGGCUCUUCCUGGUCCAGGAGUCAAUGCCGCCCUUUCACAAACAUGCGCCAUAUGUAGCGAUCGUGCCACAGGAAAGCAUUAUGGCGCUGCAUCUUGCGAUGGCUGUAAGGGUUUCUUCCGCCGAUCUGUCAGAAAAAAUCAUCAGUACACAUGCAGAUUUCAAAGGAAGUGCCCGAUUGACAGGGACAAGCGAAAUCAAUGUAGGUACUGUCGAUUACGGAAAUGCUUCAGAGCCGGUAUGAAGAAAGAGGCCGUACAAAACGAAAGGGACCGGAUAAGUUGUCGGCGACCUAGUAACGAAGAUCCGCCUGAUAAGAAUAAGGGUCCGUCGAAAGAAGACGUGGUAAAGGCGGAUGCACGCGCCGAAAUGCUCAGCAAGCAUGUUGGCGGGUUAGAGCUUCAACAGCCAGACAGUCCGAACGGCGAAAUUGAUCUCAGCACGAAACGAAUAGCUGGGAUAAACGACGUGUGCGACAGCAUGAGGGAACAAUUAUUGAUCCUGAUCGAGUGGGCCAAGUGCUUCGACGAAUUCAAAGCGCUGUCACUGGAUGAUCAAGUAGCGUUGCUGAGGGCCCACGCGGGCGAGCACCUGUUGCUGGGGGUGGCUAGGCGUAGUAGAAACUUCACGGACGUGCUACUUCUCGGCAACGAUUGCAUCAUUAUGAGAAAUUGUCCUGUAAUAUCAUUGCAAUUUGUAGAAGGAAGCAAUCAGCAGGACAACCUGGACAUCAGUAAGGUGGGCAUCAGGGUGAUGGACGAGCUGGUGAAACCGUUUCAGAAGAUCAAGAUCGACGACACGGAGUUCGCUUUUCUCAAAGCCAUCGUGUUCUUUGAUCCGAACGCGAAAGGACUGAGCGAUCAGAAGACAGUUCGAGAGCUGCGCCACAACAUCCAGAUAAAGCUCGAGAAUCACAUCAGUGAUCACCGUUGCGAUUUACCAGGUCACUUCGGCGAUAUUUUAUUGAUGUUACCAGCUCUACAAUCAAUUUCAUGGCAGAUGGUCGAGCAGAUUCAGUUCGUUAGGCUGUUCGGUGUAGCACACAUCGAUAAUCUACUUCAGGAAAUAUUCCUGGGCGGUACCACGUCGGAGAUGAACGGCACUGCUACUCCCUUACCGAUCUCGAACACCGCGCCGGGCAGUUACAUGAGCAGCAACGAGAGUCCCAGCAGUCCCUUGACGCCGGCGAACACUGGUGACUUGAGCCCGCAAACCGAUCAGAUGCCCGUCAUGAUUCUGAGGGAUCUCACGCCGAACCAGGACUUCAGAUACUUCAAGCAGGAGCCCAGCCUCGAGCCCGAGACCAGCUUCUGACUAGCUUGGGGAACUGAGCUCACCGUUGGAUAGCCAACGAUUCUGCUCAAAAAUUGUUGCUCAAUUAACAAAACAGCUCGUAUUAUGUUAGUCGAAUCAAAUGUGAUUAUUGAUCCGAAAAAUAAGAAAAAUAAGAUGAAGUGAAAGAGAUGAAAGAUCGAUAUAUGUUGUGCAACAUAUGAGAGGAGUAGCACGAAAAUAUCCAGAUUUAUACGAUUGUAUUUUAACGGCGCGGCAGUGAUCACGUUUUCUAGUUGUGGUUCAUUAGCCAAAGCCUGCUCACUUGUAUAGAUAACGAUUGAUCGCUAAUCAAGAUGAAUGUGAUAAUUUGAUAAGCGAUAAAAUCGUGUCUUGCCACUAUUUUACUUGCUAUUACUACUGUCGUGACAGUAUUCGGAUCGUUUCUAAAAGGCCAGAAAACGAGGAUACACGUGUACUGCAAUAAUAAUCGUGCAAUUGACAAUAAUAAUUCCUAGGUAGCAUUGAACAUUCCCAAUCAGCCAAGUAUAUUGAAACAGCUUUAUCAAAGUAUCAAAUUUUGUUAGCCGAAAGAUUACAAAUCUGAUGUAGAAUUAUCUGUUACAUCAGAUGCUCGCGUUGUGCGACAUCAAAAUGCCACAAAAAAAUAUAAUUGCAAUAUUGCUGAAAUGUUCCAUGCUAUCUCGAUCAUUAGCGACCAAUUUGGAGCAGGGAUUGAAAUCGAUGCAAUUGGAUUUCUGUUUGCAAAAAGUAUGCAAAAGGAAGGAUUCCUUGCUUUAUCAUAAUUGAUGCAGCAUUUUUAUUGUGUAACUAAUAUUAAUAAAGAUUUUCUGUGACGAUAUCGAAACUCGAAUUCACCGAAAUAAGAUCGGUUUCAAACUCUGAUUUAGAGAAUAGAAAGUAAGGUUAUAUUCGAUUAUUAUAUUUUUAUACAUAGAAUUAAGUUUGCAAAUCGAGUUAAGUAGACGGAAAUAAUAGGAAACAUCAAACAUUGAUGUAACGAGAAAUACAUAUAUAUAUUUUUUUUUCUACUGUUCUGUUCAUUCCGAAUUGAAUGAACAGCGUUGUAAUUCGUGAUGUAAUGUAAAUAGCAUGAUGCAGCAACGUAAUAAUAUGUAUAACAUUCCAAGUAGAGGUAUCAAAGCAAGCGUUAUAAAUAGUCUUAAAAUAGCUGAUGGGACGCGCUAAUGUAAUCAUCGAAUGUGGGUCCCCUGCAAAAUGAAAAGUGCGCCAUUGCAAUGCAAUUUACCGUUAGUAGCAAUAGUGAUGAGGAGUGCACAGAUGUCGGCCAUUUUGUGUGUGCGAACGUCAAGCAUAAGCCGGCACGAUGGCUGUACCUAAUAAAAAAAAUGGCUAGUGCAUCUUGGGUGCCUUCGAUUAAAGAACACACAUGACAUGGUUUGACACAGUUCAUCAUUACAUUUUUAUUGUUUAUCAAUGUUAAACAAGGAUAAGAGGAUCACCAUGUUGUACUGAGUCGCCUUGUUGGAAGGCAUCCCUUAUCGCGGUGUUAGUCUUUAGUUUCAUUUUAAAAUGUCAAUGCUGACAUAUAUGGCCGGAUAGAAAGCAAUAGCAUAAUAAUCAGAUAAUAAGUAAAGUUAACGACGUAAAGAAGUAUAAUGAGUACAGAUUAUUAUGAGUAAUACAAAAAAAAAUGUCUAUUGUAUAAACAUCGAUCGCAUAAUGAUUUGAGUUAUAAUUUUUACAAAGUUAUAAUUACGCGAGAACAAUUGUGAAUCAUGAGAAAAUUUCGUGCGAAUAUGACGGAUUAACGAAUCGCUU